GCCAGGCCGGCACUGAGAGCAGCUGUGUGCGCUGCCGGCUUGGCUUUUCAGGGCAAGACACACUGCUUUGGGUCUCAAGCGGAUGAUGCACGUGAGCUGCGUGUUCCUCCCAUUGGUGACGGCGUGCAUGGGCAUCCUGGUGUACCCAGCGCAGCACCAGCACAGAGGGAGGACGUCUGUUCCCAGCUUAGAGGAAGAAAUUGAUUUUCUGGCAGACGUGCUGGCCAGGCAGGACGCUACUCGCCCCCACACACUACAGGAUGGCAAGCCCAGGACCACCCCAGCCACCACUGGGAGACAGCGAGUGCCCAGCAGGUUGAGAGAGGAGCUUCUGCGGAGGGGCCCAGCUGGCAGCAAGGCAGCUGCCACCCUCUCUACCUCUACCAGCACUGCAGCAACAAAGUAUCCUGUGGAGGCAUCCCCCAUCCCUUCAAAUGACGACGUGGUGCUGGGGUUGAUCGUGGUGUGCACAGUGGCUGGGAUCUCUGCUCUGAUCGUGGCUGCAGUCUGCUGGUGCAGGCUGCAGAAGGAGGUCAGGCUGGCACAGAAAGCAGACUACUCAGCAGAGAGGAUGGCCAGCCCUCUCCCCUAUGACAAGAUCUCGCCUGGGGACAAGACGCUGGCUCAGAGUGCCCAGAUGUACCACUACCAGCACCAAAAGCAGCAGAUGCUCUCCAUGGAGAAGCAUAAAGAGGAGCCCAAGGUGCCAGACUCAGCAUCAUCCGAUGAGGAGAACGAGGAUGGAGACUUCACUGUGUAUGAGUGCCCUGGGCUGGCUCCGACCGGAGAAAUGGAAGUGAGGAACCCGCUGUUUGACGACUCGUCCCUACACCCCCCAAACUCCAAGUUGCACCAGUAACACCCCCCCCUCCCCACACCCAAGCUCGCUAUGGACUGCGUGCAGAAUGGCACGGCCCAGGUGCGGCCUGCGCCACAGGGUGCCCAUGCUGGGCCAAGGGGCGUGGGCUCCUCUGCCAGACUGUUCAACGCCUGCCCAAUAAACACCCACUAACAGCUAUGGGAGGGGGGGUCGCCCCCAUUUCCAGCGUCCUUGUCCUCUUUGCCGAUGUGAUCGCGUCCCUGCCAUCUGUUUGCUGCUCCAGCUCCGGAGAACACACCAGCCCUGUAGGGCACCCCAAGGGCAAUCAGUGCCAGAGACCCCGGGGCCAUGGAGCUGCCUCUGUGUCGUGCUUUGAAGAGGGCUAAGGGCUGUUUCCCAAUGCAGCUGGGGACGAUCGGAGAGGGGUUUAGGGAGCGGGCUCAGGGCUAACAGUGUUGAAGAUGCCUGGACAGCCCAGAGGAGUGGGUGCUGCCAGCCAGCUGCAGCUGGGGCCAAACUGCUGAGAGCCCCUCCAGGAGGGACUGAAACUUUCCUAGGAAUUGAUGGCAUCUCUGGGAGCUUCAGCGCUGACUGGCACCAGGACCUGCUCAGUCCCCUCUCCCCAGCCAUGUUAGCAAAAGGCAGGAGCAGGAGGGAGCUCAGGCAGGUUGCAGUCUUUGCUCCCUGCGAUGUUCCUUCAGCUGCCACAGAGGCCACACUGUGUGGUGCCUGGCCAGGUGGAGGAGGUCUGCCUGGGUCCCUGGGCCAGCACUCCCCUCUUUGGGGCUGGUCCUCAGAGGCCCUGGGAUGCAGGCAGUCCUGGUGCCACUGCGCACCCCUCCUCCCCCCCGCCCCCCCCAGCAUGGGGGCCUGAGGGACCCCAUGCCCAGGCUGUGCCCAUUGGAGACGGAGGAUUCCCUAGAGGGAUCUCACCCCAGGCAUCAGUGCAGGGAACAAUCAAAAAGGGUUAAGUAUUUUGGUUUUAAACCUGUGUAGCUGUGGAGGAGGAAGGAGAGAGAAGGGCAGGCGUGCAGGGGGCCAGGAGCAGUAGGCAAGUCACAGUGUCUUUGCUGCACUGCUUCCCCAAGCCACACAGAGCCUUUGGAGUGAGAGCAGUGGGGCAAGCACAGCCGUGCCUAGUGCAGAGCAGGAGCAGCCAAAAUGCUCCCUCCACAUGCCAGCAUUUCCCCCGGCCCCUGCCCUUGUCCAAACCCACACCCUUGCCCAGUGGAGCUCAUGUGCCCUUAGCAGCAUCCCCACAUAUCCUGGCCCAUUGCUCUCUCCAGGCAUCCCAUCAUGGCAGGGGACAGUCUCCUCCAGUCCAUCUUAGGGUUCAGAGCCCCAGGGGACAGUCUCCUCCAGUCCAUCUUAGGGUUCAGAGCCCCAUCUGAACCCUCUGCCCAUGUCUAUAUGUCUGGGUGGAGCAUGCAGGAGAGGGGUGAGUUGUGCUCUUGUCAGUCGCUGCAAGCACAUCCUUGCUCAGAGCCUGAUGCUCCAAGUCCCAGAGUGUCCCUGCUGCACUGGCCACAAGCCCUCCAGCAUAGGGCCUGGGAUGAGUUUGCAGAUGUUUUCACGUCCAGCCCCUGGUGUGGACCAUCAUAGCCACAGAUGACCUGCUGCACAAGGGGAGCCCAUUGCAGGUGCAGGAGCUGUUGCCAGCGCAGGCUUCCCCAGCAGGUAUGGCAUGGUGGAGACAGUGGUGUGGCCCUGUGUUAGAAUGGGGGAGGUGCAGGGUUGUCUCCCCACAGGGCUCAAUGGCAGCAGUCAUCACUGCACAGAUCCUUUUCUCUUCGCCGUGCUGUUACACGCGGGUUGCUGCCCCUCUCCCCAAGACCAUUGUUGUUGUAUGGAUUGUAGUUAUUUUAAAAGGAGAUUUUAUUAAACAACCAUGUUUGAGACCCA